CGCUCACGCAGACCCCUCGCUUACACAGUAUGGCCGGCGACAUUAGCUAGCGCUCGCUCAACUCUCUCUAACGGGAAAGCAGCGGACUACAAGAGACUGAACUGUAUCUGCCUCUAAUUUCCAACAGACUCACGUUCAACUUUCGCUCACAAAAAUAGCCGGGAAAAUUUUAUUAGUCCUUUUUUUAAAAAAAAAGUUAAUAUAAAAUUAUAGCAAAAAAAAAAAAAAAAAAAAAGGAACCUGAACUUUAGUAACACAGCUGGAACAAUCCGCAGCGGCGGCGGGAGAAGAGAUUUAAUUUAGUUGAUUUUCUGUGGUUGUUGGUUGUUCGCUAGUCUCACGGUGAUGGAAGCUGCACAUUUUUUCGAAGGGACCGAGAAACUGCUGGAGGUCUGGUUCUCCAGGCAGCAGUCCGACGCAAGCCAGGGAUCUGGGGAUCUUCGCACCAUCCCAAGAUCUGAGUGGGACAUCCUUUUGAAGGAUGUGCAGUGCUCAAUCAUAAGUGUGACAAAGACUGACAAGCAGGAAGCUUAUGUACUCAGUGAGAGUAGCAUGUUUGUCUCCAAGAGACGUUUCAUUUUGAAGACAUGUGGCACCACCCUCUUACUGAAAGCACUGGUUCCCCUGUUGAAGCUUGCUAGGGAUUACAGUGGGUUUGACUCAAUUCAAAGCUUCUUUUAUUCUCGUAAGAAUUUCAUGAAGCCUUCUCACCAAGGAUACCCACACCGGAAUUUCCAGGAAGAAAUUGAGUUUCUUAAUGCAAUUUUCCCAAAUGGAGCAGCAUAUUGUAUGGGACGUAUGAAUUCUGACUGUUGGUACCUGUAUACUUUGGAUUUCCCAGAGAGCCGAGUAAUCAAUCAGCCAGAUCAAACCCUGGAAAUUCUGAUGAGCGAGCUUGACCCAGCAGUUAUGGACCAGUUCUACAUGAAAGAUGGUGUUACUGCAAAGGAUGUCACUCGUGAGAGUGGAAUUCGUGACCUGAUACCAGGUUCUGUCAUUGACGCCACACUGUUCAAUCCCUGUGGCUACUCGAUGAAUGGAAUGAAGUCAGAUGGAACAUAUUGGACUAUUCACAUCACCCCAGAACCAGAAUUUUCUUAUGUUAGCUUUGAAACAAACCUAAGUCAGACUUCCUAUGACGACCUGAUCAGGAAAGUUGUGGAAGUCUUCAAGCCAGGGAAAUUUGUGACCACCUUGUUCGUUAAUCAGAGCUCUAAAUGUCGCACAGUGCUUUCUUCACCCCAGAAGAUUGAAGGUUUUAAACGUCUUGAUUGCCAGAGUGCUAUGUUCAAUGAUUACAAUUUUGUUUUUACCAGUUUUGCUAAGAAACAGCAACAACAGCAGAGUUGAUUAAGAAAAAUGAAGAAGAAGAAAAAACGCAAAAAGAGAAGACACACAGGAGGUGGUGGCCGCUUUCUAGAUGUUGAUACUGGGGGCCAUGCUUUCCAUGACCACCACCUUGUAGUUGCAGAAAGCCCUAGGUGUAACGAUAGUGUAAUCAUUUUGAAGUGUAUGCAUUAUUAUAUCAAGGAGUUAGAUAUCUUGCAUGAAUGCUCUCUUCUGUGUUUAGGUGUUCUACGCCACUCUUGCUGUGGAAUGGAAGUGCAUGUGGAAAAGAACUUUGACUGUAUGGCUCUUUACGACACGUGUGAAAAUGAUCCCAUUUGGUUUAUGCACGGUGUAAUAUUUCUACAGGCAUCCUCCAAAAUCCCCCACAGACAAGGCUUUCGUCCUCAUUAGAUGCUGGCCUCAGCUGACCAUCUGCGGCUGUUCUAUUGCUGCCAGAGUUUUUACAUCCAGUUACCUCCUCUUUCUAGAGCAUAUUCUCCACUAAUGUCACUCAAAGCCAAUUUCUACUUCCUACAGGUGUUUUAUGCAAUGGCAAUUAAAGUUUUUCUUCCACGAGUUGUCCUUGUAAGAAAAUAAUUACAGUUGUUUUG